AGUUGAUAACAAAAAUCCCUCGAGUAACAAAAGACUGCAACCAGAACCUUCUAGAACCCAAGUUGUGAGAGCAAAAAGGAGCAUCGCGUGCGGCGGCGGCGAUGGCGUCUGGAGUUGGUGGUGGUGGUGGCGGCGGAAGUGUGGAGUGGCACGUCAGGCCACUGAAUCCCAAAAACCCAAUCGUGUUUUUCGAUAUAACCAUCGGUUCUAUCCCCGCCGGCCGUAUCAAAAUGGAACUCUUCGCUGAUAUUGCCCCAAAAACCGCCGAAAAUUUCAGGCAGCUAUGCACUGGGGAGUACAGGAAAGCAGGGUUGCCUGUUGGUUACAAGGGUUGCCAAUUUCAUAGGGUUAUUAAAGAUUUUAUGAUUCAAGCUGGAGAUUUUCUCAAGGGUGAUGGUAGCGGAUGCACUUCCAUUUACGGUCAUAAGUUUGAAGAUGAGAAUUUCAUUGCCAAACACACCGGUCCUGGCCUGCUAUCAAUGGCAAACAGUGGACCAAACACCAAUGGUUGUCAGUUCUUUAUAUCGUGUGCGAAAUGUGAGUGGCUUGAUAAUAAGCAUGUCGUAUUCGGGAGGGUGCUUGGAGAUAGUCUUCUUGUGGUUCGGAAGAUCGAGAAUGUGGCUACGGGACCAAACAACAGGCCGAAACUACCAUGCAUUAUUGCCGAGUGUGGCGAAAUGUAAAACUCGAUAUUCGUUUAGCGCAUCUGCUGAAAGCUAACCACAAAUGAGAUUGCUGUAAACAUUUUAGUAUUUAUUCACUCCUAAGAUGAUGGUUUUUGAU